CGUAUUUAUUAAACCACACAAAGCAAACAAAAUAAUUACUAAAAUAAUAAUGUUUGCCAUUAGACGAUUUUCUGCAGUGUGUCUUGUUCUGCUUGUGAUUAAUCAGGGUUACUCAAAAGACUACAAAAUAACCGACCAAAUAUACAUGGACAUAGAAAUCGAAGGUAAAGAAACGAAUCGAAUAAUUUUUGGACUGUUUGGAGAAGUUGUUCCCAAAACAGUUCAAAACUUUAAACACCUGGCACUGAGAGGUAUAGAUGGCAAGAGUUAUGUGGGCACUAAUUUUUUAAUAGCAAUUAAAAAAGUUAUGAUAUUGGGAGGAGAUAUUGUUCAUAAUAAUGGGACAGGGUCUUUAAGUAUUUAUGGAGAGUAUUUUGAUGAUGAAAAUUUUCAGAUUGGUCAUGAUUCUUCUGGACUACUAGCGAUGGUCAAUUUAGGGGCGCCAAAUUCCAAUGGAUGUAUGUUUCUUAUUACGACAAUGGCAACUCCUUGGUUGAACGGAAGACAUGUAAUUUUUGGAAUGGUACUAAAAGGUCACAAAGUAGUUCACACCAUUGAACACAUUAAAACUGAUAUAAAUGACCGAAUAAUCAGAGGAGUUAAAAUAGUAAAAUGUGGAGAAAUUAAAAUCAAUCCAUAUUACGAAAAUUACAAAAAUUACGAACUAACUUUCUGGGCAUGGAUAAAAGCUGGAUGGUUUCCAUUAUCUUGGUCAUUUGCUAUUAUGGCCUUUUUCCAAUAUCUCAUAAAACAGUUAACUAAAUAUGAAUCUACUAUAUGAAAUUCAGUUAAAGAUUUGUCUUAUUAUAGAUAUAAAUUUUAAGAGAACUGUAAUUUAAUUUUUGCUAUUAUAUAUUUCUUGACGGUAUGGUGAAGGAAAAUUUAAAAAAUAUAAUAAAUAUAUUUUACUGUCGUAUAUUACUGGUUAUCUAAUGUAUAUAGUCUAAAAUGAAAAUAGUUUUAAGAAAAUAUAAUUCGUAACCAGUUCCUAACACAA